AUGGAGUUAUUCAACUCUGCUCUCGGGAAGAACAUCACAUUUGUGCAUCCUGCGUAUUUCAUAAUAAGUGGAUUAGUUGGCGUUCCUUAUAUCAAGUAUUACUACGUGUUUCUGUUCUUUGUUUACGUCAUCUCUGUGCUGGGAAACACGGCUGUGAUGGCCGUCAUAUGUCUGGACAGUAACCUGAGGACCCCAAAGUACGUGGCCGUCUUCAACCUGGCCUUCGUGGACCUGUUUGGCAGCUCCGCUUUGGUGCCUAAAGUCAUCGACGUGUUCCUGUUCAACCACCCCUACAUCUCCUACAGCGACUGCCUGACCUUCCUCUUCAUCUGCUACACCUGCCUUGACCUGCAGUCCUUCAACCUGGUGGCUCUGUCCUACGACAGGCUGGUGGCCGUCAUCUUCCCUCUGCACUAUUCGGUGAAGAUCACCCACCGCUUCAUGUUUUCUAUGAUCGCCUCUUUCUGGGUUUUUGUUAUCGUUGCUAAUUUUGUUACAGUCGGCCUCAUUACUAGACUGUCCUUCUGUGACUCUGUGCUCAUUAACAGCUACUUCUGUGACCAUGGUCAGAUCUAUCGACUGGCCUGCAAUGACAACUUUCCCAGUUAUGUUCUGAGCUGUUUGUACCCGGUUCUAAUGUUCUGGCUUCCACUAGUUUUCAUCCUGAUGAGUUACUUGUAUAUUUGCUGCACAUUGGUUAAAGUGGCCACGGUUCAACAGGGACUCAGGGCCUUUAAAACCUGCGUAGGUCAUCUGUCAUUAGUGGCCAUUUAUUUCACACCAUUGUUGAUCACGUUCACAUUAAUGGAGAAAAUACAUCCAAACGCCAGGAUCAUAAACCUGUCUCUGACCUCUGUUAUUCCACCAAUGUUGAACCCCAUCAUUUAUGUUCUGCAGACACAGGAAAUAAAGGAAUCUGUAAAAAAGUUAUUAAAAACCAGAUGGAAAUGCAAAAUAACUAAAACCUCAGCCCUGAAGUGA